GACUCGACUCCGGGACUGAACUCAAAAAGUGUACCCGUCGCGAAGAAAUUCCUUCCGACCCCGGCGACAUCCUCCUCUCCCCGACCCCGGCCUUCCCCUCCGCCGCUCCACUCCAAAAUUAAACCUCGCACGGCCAGGCCGCUGAUCUCCCGCCCGAGGAGGCGAACCUCAGCUACCCAAUCGCGCAGAGCCCCUGCCCGACAUGACGGAGUAUUGGGUGAGCCAAGGAAACAAAUGGUGUGACCUAUGCAAAAUUUUCAUAUCGAACAAUCCGUUCAGCAUCAGAACCCAUGAACUCGGUAAACGCCAUAAGGACAAUGUCACCCAAAGAUUGUCUACGAUGCAAAAGGAUGGUGCUGCUAAGGAAAAGGAGCAGCAGCAAGCAGCUCGAGCUCUCCAGUUGAUAGAAGCUAAAGCUAAAAAGAGUUACCAAAAAGAUUUAGAGAAUAACCAGAGAAACACUGAUGGUGACACUUCUGCAGCACCUGGAGAAGGAUGGGUAUUAGAUUCAGCUUCAGGAUAUCAUUAUGACAAAUCUACUGGGCUUUACUAUGACUCAAACUCGGGUUUCUAUUAUUCUGAUGGUUUAGGCAAAUGGGUUACCCAGGAAGAGGCAUACAAGUCCGUGGAAACUUCGAAAACUGAUGUUGGGCAAUCCUCAACUUCCCAACCAAAAGCACCUGUUGGUGGUGGGGCUGUGCCCAGUAUUAAGGGAGGGCCAGCUCCAGGCGUGGUUGUGACAAAACCAUUGAACCCGAUGAGACCUAUUAAGGGUGCCACGUCUUCUAUUGCUGCUAACAAGAGAAAACGAGAGGACAAGAAGCCCAAGGUGGUUUCAAAGGAGGAGGAGGCAGCCCUCAGAGCGCGGGAGGCAGCAAGGAAACGAGUGGAAGACAGGGAGAAGCCUCUGAUGGGGCUAUACAAAACGUACUAAAGUGCCAAUAAGCCUCUGCCUGAUUGCGCUGCCUGAUAUAGCGGAAAUGCUACUGGAUGAAUUUUUCUGGAAAAAAAAGUAUGGCGGGAUCACACCGUUGUGUUUGAGACUUCAGAACUCUUCAGCAUCGGCUAUGCAUGUCUGCUGUGUAAAAUACCUCGGCCGUCGGCAGUUCCUGAACUGGCCAAGCUUCCUUUUUUUCUGAAACAUGUAAAAGGAGCUGUACAUCCAUUGCAUUUCUUUUGUUCUUAUUCCCCGAAUGGAUGAUAUCUUAACUGUAGCCUGGGUGAACGCCCGAGACAAAUUGUACUGCCAUCUUUCCAGUGCUCGGAAGAACUUGUCCUCCCGAGGAAUGUACUCGGCAACAACAACUCAAAAUAUUCGAACAUUCAACUUGUGAACUGUGAUCA